AUGUCUACCACAGAGGAAAAGCCUACUGGCGAGUAUCGCCAAUACCUGCCCGACCUCGGCGGCGUGCGCUUUACCACCAUGAAGAGCCAGGAUGCCCAUGAGUAUGCCCACGCCUUCAAGACAAAGCGCAUUCCACCUUGGCUGUACGCCUUGUUUGAACAUUGGAGGGACCUGUAUGAGGAGCCUUACCAGGGUGUAACAUCAGACGGGAUCAUUCGCCAAAACUUGUUUACCAUUCAUGACGAGGGAUUACCUGUUGAGAAGAUUGUCGCUUCGGUUCAGGACUUAUAUAAACUAUUAAACGACGAACAGCGUAGAGCUGUCUCCUUUCACAUAGAUUCCCCCGAGUGGCGCACAUGGUCCAACCCGGAAUUCUUGCUUGUGCACAAGGGUCUGCGACUAGAUGAAAUUGACGUACCAAUCAGAGAUGCCAUUCUCAAAGUACUCGAAAACACCCUGUCUCCCGAAGGGUAUCAAAAAGCAGUAAAAGCAAUGCGAAUCAACCAUUUUCUGGGAGAGCUAGUUGAGUCACCCAAGGUCAUGAAUGAAUUCUCCUACAAUUUUGCCAUUUUUGGACGGCCUUCCACCACACGACCAUGGGGCUGGACAUUCUACGGUCACCAUCUCUGUCUGAAUAUCUUCAUCUAUAAGGGACAGGUUGUUGCCAGCCCAUGGUUCACCGGAGCCGAGCCUAAUGAGAUUGAUUCCGGCUCUUACAAGGGCACUCGAAUCCUUCAAGUUGAGGAGACACUUGGAAUCCAGCUCAUGCAAUCGCUGCCGUCGGAAGUUCAGAAAAAGGCUCAAACAUACAAGCAGAUGGUCGAUCCUGAAAUGCCUCUUGGCCGCAUCAACAAAGACGACCAACGACACUUGUGUGGCGCGUACCGCGACAACCGACACGUCCCUUACGAGGGUGUUCUCGUCUCCGACUUCACCGCGGAGCAAAAAGUCCUCGUCUAUGGGAUCCUUGAACAGUACCUAUUAUAUCUUCCGAAACAGUCACGGGAUCUCAAAAUCGAGCAAAUCCGGAAGUACGAAUCAGAGACAUAUUUCUCCUGGAUUGGAGGGUUUGAGGACCAUGAUCCCUUCUACUAUCGUAUUCAAAGCCCCGUUAUUCUGAUCGAGUUUGACCACCACUCUGGUGUCUUCUUGACAAAUGAGGAGCCAAAGAAGUUCCACAUCCACACUUUGCUUCGCACACCUAAUGCGGGAGAUUAUGGUUAUGCGCUGAGACCACUGAUUCCGCCUGUUGAAAGCACAAUUGCGAAACACAUUACUUGGGACUAG